AUGGCCAACAACAUGUCUUCUUCCUCCGUGCUCGAGUACAGCCUGCACUACCAGCAGUGGUUCUCCGAUUCGGACUUCUCCGGAGUCUCCUCGCCGGAGACCCUGUCCCCGGAUUCGUCGCCGUCGCUUCUUCUUCAGAAAGCCGGGAAGGCUGGGUAUACUACUUCCCGCCUCGGAGCGGCCUCACAAGGAAAGCCCGGGAGAGCAGUGAGGGUCCGGAGUAAGCAGCGUGAGAGCGCCAGUGAGAAGGAGAAGCUGAGGAUGAGGGACCUGACCAAGGCGCUGCACCACCUGAGGUCCUACCUGCCACCUUCGGUGGCCCCUACGGGCCAAACCCUCACCAAGAUCGAGACCCUUCGCCUCGCCAUCCGUUACAUCUCCUUCCUCUCGGCCCAACUCGGGGAUACGCCUUCCUCAUCUUCCUCCUCUUCAUCCUCGUCUUCAUCCUGCUCGCCGUACUACUACGCCAGUCCUCCUCCGCAGGCUCCUCAUGACAUGUACGCCGCACAGCAGUGUCAAGACCAGGCCGCAGCAUUGCAUUCUGGGAGCUGUAGUUUUCCUGGCAUGUUGCCACCUGGAGGAUCCUCUUCCACCUCCACUCAGAUUGAGUACAACGACUACUACUGGGUUUGA